ACAGUGAGAUACGUCACGGAUUAUGAAACUUCAUCUCCCAUGCCUCUAGGUUCAGAGUUGACCAACCGCACCCGUAUAUUAUCGAUUAGCGUGCAGUACGACAGUUUACCCGAUCUUCUGAAAGGUGCUGUCAUCGUCGCAGACAUAACGCAGUAAUGAAGGGGGCUUUCGCGUUUACCGUUUUACUUGCGGCUGCAACCGCUUAUUACUUCUACCUUCCGCUGCCAAAUACAGUUUCCGAACCAUGGAAACUUAUGCUUUUUGAUGGAGUGGUCCGGGGUAUGUUGCAUGCGGGACGGCUGGCCGACAGCCUGGGUAUCUGCCACUUCCUCCAAGUGCUCAACUACACCAUGAACCUUGCCACGCUGGACUCGAUGUCCGGUGAGAACCUGCUGGUCACCGACACCACCAUGGGCGGCGUCGAGGUCCGGAUAUGCCAGUGGACGGGAGGUGCAGAGCACGAGCUGAAGAGGGGCGUGGUGUAUUUCCAUGGAGGUGGCUGGGCCCUGGGCACUGCCAAGAAGGGAUCCUAUUACCUCCUUUGCAGGAAGAUGGCAGAAGAUCUGAAGGCGGUCGUUCUAUCUGUUGAUUACCGCUUAGCCCCGGAGUCUCACUUCCCAGAUCAGUUUGAGGAUGCCUUCCGGGCCUCUAAACACUUCCUGCAGCCCGAGGUUCUGGCCCACUAUUCUGUGGACCCGGAGCGUGUUGGGGUGUCAGGUGACAGUGCUGGGGGGAACUUGGCUGCAGCCGUAGCUCAACAGGUGGCCACGGACAGCAGCAUUUCCGUUAAGUUCAAGGUGCAGUCUCUGGUCUAUCCAGCGCUGCAGGCCCUGGACUUUAACACGCCCUCGUACCAGCAGAACCAGAACGCGCCGGCCCUCCAGCGAUGGCUCGUGGUCUGGUUCUGGCUGGAGUACCUGAACGCAGAUCACAGUUUCAGCGACUCGGCGACGAUAAACAACCACAGCGCUCUGGACCUGCACCGAGUCGACCCGUUCCGGUCCAAGGUCGACUGGACCGUUCUGCUCCCUCCCCGGUUCCGGGAGGGGUACGAACCGGUGGUGCAGGCCCACGGGACGCCCCGGAUGGCGGACGAGGUGCCGGGGCUGCUGGACGCGCGUGCCUUUCCCCUGCUGGCGGAGCGGGAGGUCCUCGCCCGGACGCCGCGCGCGUACGUCCUCACCUGCGAGCACGACGUGCUGCGGGACGACGGGCUGAUGUACGUGCGGCGGCUGGAGGAGGCCGGCGUCGCGGUAACCAGCGACUACUACGAGGACGGUUUCCACGGCUGCCUGACCUUCGGCUUCUGGCCCACCAUCUUCUCGGUCGGCAACCGGACUUUGACGAACUACAUCGCGUGGCUCGAUGGAAACCUGUAGCCCUUCUCCUCUUCCUGUCUGCUCUUAGCUCAGGUUAGAUGCUGUCAUCAAAGUCUCUAAUGGAAACCAUGCUUUAAAAAAAUGAAAAUAAACAGGCCACUGCUUAAACGUAGUUGAAUGUUAAAAUCGCAUUUUUGCUUUUACACGUUUUAAUGUUUUAUCGUGACUGGAUUUGAUACCGUGACUUUUCGACUUCACUGAGCCAAAAAGCUUCUUUGUUUGUACUAAACUUUUAUUAUUACAAACAUGUCUUAGUGUUUGAGCUCUGAAAGACUGUACUGAAAGAUGAUGGUAGGAAAACGACUCCAUGCAGCCAAAAUACUAGUCUCUUGUUAAAUACUACUGACAUACAGUGCCCUCAAAAUUGCCAUCCUCCAUAAAGAUAAGUAUAAAGAUACGUAAGAUUUUAAACCAAGGUAAUGACCUACAUAUGCUUGAAAGUCAUUGUGAAAACUGUUGAGAGCCGUUUUUGUGGAAAUAAAUGUGAAGUAGCUGAUUACUGAAGCUCAAGACAAAAUAUAAAUAGGGGCCAUCCCUCAUUUUUUGUUUUUAGUUUUUAAUCGUUUUUCAUUACUGAUAAUGGCUUCCAUGUUUGCUGUUUGACUGACUUAUUACUUGCUUAUCACUGGUACAAGAUACACUGUCUUCCUGUGCAAUGUAUCGAAAGUACAUUCUCUACAACUCAUAAUACAAGCCCAUGCAUGUCAAUAAAAAAUGCAGCAAAUACUGCCCCCUUC